AUUUUGUAUAGGAAUGUUACAACCUGUUUACUAGUGUUAAAAUGUCGUGGCGAUGAUUAGCUUUUUCGAUGGAGAUAUGUGCAUUUAACUGGACCAUAGAGUGUGUCAUUUAUAUCAACAUUUCAGCCAAUUGGACCAUACUGCGGCUAUGUGUGUGAUGAGCCGAGAUGGAGAAUAGAAAGAUUAACGGCACUACUAUGCCUCUGGAGGAUUACGGAUCCACGUCCAAACGAAAAGAUGAGGACAAGGUGAAAAUCGUGGACGAAGAUCAGCUGGGAUUCACAGAGGACGAUGGAUUGACCAUGAAAAAUUUGUCCGAAAAGGAGUGCUAUUUCAAAGAUGGCGUCAGAAAAAUAGACUAUAUUCUGGUGUACGAGGAUCUAUUGGACAAGAAGGUCGGAGUUAAGCCCCCUGAUGAGAAACAUGCCCAGCAUCGUAAGAAGUUCCUGCAGAGCCUCAUUAAAACUGGCCUGGAAUUAGAGGAGGAGUCAUUGCAGAGUGAGAAGAAGUUGAUAAACUUUGUGAAAAUCCACGCCCCAUGGGAGGUUUGUUGCCUGUACGCUGAGGAACUGAGUCUACGAGCUCCACUACAGGCUCACCCGAACCCGAGCGACAACUGGUCGGAGAAGCUGUUCCGCACCCUGCACAUCCCCAACUUGAUGAGUCAGAAUGUCCCCAACAAACCACUCGACUACUACACCUGUGACUUCAAAAUAUCAAAGCUACACAGGUUUUUGGGCAGUGACGAUCCUGACAAUUUCUUCACAUGUACGCAGAGAAACCAGAUCGUGUUCGAGAUUCUCUCUACGGCUGUGUAUGGGAAGAAGAAGAAAGCUGAGAUAGGAAUCGAGAGACUUCUUGAGGAGAAAACGUAUACCGCAGCAUUCCCCCUCCAUGUCGGUUCUCACGAGUUACCUAAGCACCCAGUGGCUCCGGAACACCUGAAUAUGCGUCAGAUUCUGUACAAGUACUGGGCGCGGUGGGGUGUGUGGUACAAGUACCAGCCCCUCGACCACAUCCGAGAAUACUUCGGAGAGAAGAUCGCCAUCUACUUCGCCUGGUUAGGUUUUUACACUGCCUGGCUUCUGCCUGCCUCUGUGAUCGGGACCCUGGUGUUUAUGUAUGGAAUCUUUUCCAUGAGCUCCAACAUUCCAGCCAUUGAGGUGUGCCUGAGUAACAAGAGUUACAAGAUGUGCCCGCUGUGUGAUGAGGAAGUCGGGUGUCAGUACUGGUAUCUGUCUGACGUCUGUCUGUUCGUGAAAAUCGCGUACCUGUUUGAUCACCCGGGAACAGUCUUCUAUGCCAUCUUUAUGUCAUUUUGGGCUGUGACGUUCCUGGAAUACUGGAAGAGGAAAAACGCCAGUUUGGCUCAUCACUGGGAUGUUCUCGGUUUUGAAGAGGAAGGGGAGCGACCAAGGCCAGACUUCUGUGCCAGAGCCCCAGAGUUAAAGGAGAACCCUAUAACUGGAAUUAAGGAACCCUAUUUUUCCCCUAGGGACCGGCUUCCCAGGAUUCUGUCUGGCAUGGCUGCUAUUAUUAUUAUGGUGUUUGUGGUGAUAAUAUUUAUUAUGGCUGUGAUCAUGUAUCGGGUUCUCGUGAGUAUCCCGUUGUUUGAGAACAAGGCUCUACGGUCGAAGGCGUCCUUGAUUGCCAGCAUGACGUCCGCCGUCGUAAACUUGAUUAUCAUCAUGGCGCUCGGGCGGGUUUACGAAAAACUUGCUUUGAAGUUUACGCAGUGGGAGAUGCACCGGACCCAGACAGAGUUUGAGGACCAGCUGACUUUCAAAGUGUUUAUAUUUCAGUUUGUCAACUUCUAUUCUUCUAUCUUCUACGUAGCUUUUUUCAAAGGGAGGUUUGUUGGUUAUCCGGGACAUUAUGUGAGAUUUUUUGGUUUGAGAGCAGAAGAGUGCAAUAAUGGAGGCUGUCUAAUAGAGCUUGCUCAACAACUGGGGGUCAUCAUGAUUGGUAAACAGAUCAUCAGCAAUAUCCAAGAAAUGGUCAUUCCGAAGUUGAAGACAUACUGGCACCAGUUCAAUGUGAAGGUGAAAAAGAACUUGGUGCUGACGAGGUGGGAGGAUGACUAUCAGCUCAUAGAGAAUGAAGGAUUGUUCCAGGAGUACCUCGAAAUGAUUCUUCAGUUUGGAUUCAUCACUAUCUUCGUGGCUGCGUUUCCGCUCGCCCCUCUGUUUGCUCUGUUGAACAACUGGGUGGAGAUUCGCCUCGACGCCAACAAGUUUGUCAGUGAGACGCGCAGACCCGUGGCCGAGAGAGCGGAGGAUAUCGGAGUCUGGUUCCAGAUCCUCGACUGUCUCGCCCAGUUGGCCGUCAUCAGCAAUGCUUUCCUGAUAGCUUUUACAUCUGAAUUCCUUCCAAAAAUCCUGUAUCGAUACGAGUACAACUGGAGUUUACAUGGCUACACCAACUUCACACUGUCCUGGUCGCCCAAUGGGACUCUCACACAGCAGUGCAGGUAUAGAGAUUUCCGAGAUGAGCAGGGUCAUUAUACGUUGUUUUACUGGCGACUUUUAGCGCUGCGUCUAGGAUUCGUCAUUUUAUUUGAGCAUGUUGUGUUUGGAAUCUGUCGUCUGAUUGACAUACUGGUGCCGGAUGUACCCGAGGCAGUGCAGCUCAAGAUCAAGCGAGAACAUUACCUCGCCAAACAGGCACUGGCUGAUACAGACCAGAUAUUACAGAUGACUGUACGUGACGAUGAUGACGCUGAUGCUGAAGCCAUCACGUUGAAGGUUCCACUGGAGGCCGAUGAGCAGCCGUCUCAGUCCAAAGUCUAGUGGUGUUGUAGUUCAUUGAAUCCGUCGAGUAUUGAUCGAUUAAACCAUAUUAAUAGAGUACAAGUUUCAUGAUAGAGGACAGCCAAGAACAAUGCAGAAUUACUGACCAAUUAAAUGAAUAAAAUUACUACAUGUUUCAUGAUAAAAUAAAACCACAUACAAUACAUUUACUGACCAAUUAAUUGAAUACAAGUGUCAUGAUAGUCAGGUGUGGGAAUUCUCCUCGGAUCAGCUGUUUUCUUCUCAUGGAACAUUGCAUUUCCUCGAAUUUUAAUUGUCCUUUCCUCCAAAAUGUGUCAGAUGGCACAGAUUUUAACCUAGGAUAUCAAGAAUUUUCGGGACCUCUCUAGAUUUCCUCUUUUUUUUACAGUUCACCAAUUCCCAAUAGAGUACAACCACAUACAAUACAGAGUUACUGACCAAGUAAUUGAAUACAAGUUUUAUGAUAAAAUAAAACCACAUCCAAUACAGAGUUACUGACCAAUUAAUUGAAUACAGGUUUCAUGAUAGUGUACAACCACAUACAAUACAGAGUUACUGACCAAUUAAUUCAAUACAAGUUUCAUGAUAGUGUACAACCACAUACAAUACAGAGUUACUGACCAAUUAAUUCAAUACAAGUUUCAUGAUAAAAUAAAACCAUAUACAAUACAGAGUUACUGACCAAUUAAUUGAAUACAAGUUUCAUGAUAUAGUACAGCCACAUACAAUACAGAGUUAUUGAUCAAUUAAUUGAAUACAAGUUUCAUGAUAAAAUAAAACCACAUCCAAUAUAGAGUUACUGACCAAUUAAUUCAAUACAAGUUUCAUGAUCUAGUACAGCCACAUACAAUACAGAGUUAUUGAUCAAUUAAUUGAAUACAAAUUUCAUGACAGAGUACAACCACAUACAAUACAGAGUUACUGACCAAUUAAUUGAAUACAAGUUUCAUGACAGAGUACAACCACAUACAAUACAGAGUUACUGACCAACUAAUUGAAUACAAGUGUCAUGAUAAAGUACAGCCACAUACAAUACAGAGUUACUGACCAAUUAAUUGAAGAAAGGAAAUGUUUUAUUUAAUGACGCACUCAACACAUUUUAUUUACAGUUAUAUGACAUCAGAAACCAAUUAACUGAAUACAAGUUCGAUGAUAGAGUACAGCCAAGAACAAUACAGAGUUACUUCCCUUAUAAUUCUGUGGUUCUUGGUUUUCUAAAGAUACACCAAGAAGUUGAAUACUGUUGGAAAUGUAUAAACAUUUGAAUUGUUUUCCAACAAAAGACAUUUAAAUAUUUUAAUAUAGAUUUUAAGAAAUCACCACCAGCCUGUUUGGCAUUAAGUAGCACAUUUAAUAUCCCCAAAAGCACAAUGAAUAUUUUAAUUGAUUAUUAAUCAAUUAUUGACUAAUUUAACCAACCUUUUUAUUUCAUGAUGCACACAACACAUUUUAAUUACGGUUGUAUGGCUUCAGCAAACUGAUGAUAAGUUACAAAUGUUGAUCCAAUUCUCAACACUGAGAUUCAUGUGCAGUACACUGAUGAAUUUCAUCACUCUACAGAAUUUUGCUAAAUUCAUUAUUGGACAAAUUCUUGCAUAAACUGUGUCAAAUUGUUGUUAGUAAGUGAAUAGAUUCCAAGGUUUAUUGUCUGAAGAUAUUUAUAAAUAAGAUUUGUGAAUCAUCAUCUGUUGCCUUGUAGUUAGACCACAGUUGUGUUUGUUAUGUCACCAAUACCUUUGCUAAUACAGUAACAGUAACGAUGUGUUUGUUAUGUCGCCAAUGCUCUUGCUAAUACAGUAACAGUAACGAUGUGUUUGUUAUGUCACCAAUGCCCUUGCUAAUAGAGUAACAGUAAUGAUGUGUUUGUUAUGUCACCAAUGCCCUUGCUAAUACAGUAACAGUAACGAUGUGUUUGUUAUGUCACCAAUGCCCUUGCUAAUACAGUAACAGUAACGAUGUGUUUGUUAUGUCACCAAUGCUCUUGCUAAUACAGUAACAGUAAUGAUGUGUUUGUUAUGUCACCAAUGCCCUUGCUAAUACAGUAACAGUAACGAUGUGUUUGUUAUGUCACCAAUGCUCUUGCUAAUACAGUAACAGUAAAGUGUUUGCUUACAGUUUGAUCCUGUGCAAUAUUUACCUGUUUUUUUUCCAUUUGUAUCUUAAUCUUCAAACUACCUGAUUAAUUUUGACAAAAUAUGGUUUUUAAUGAUACGACUGUUAAAUAAUGAUAUAAAAUUAAUCGUAAAUUGAAAAUUGUUAGUUCAAUCAUACCUCUCAAAACCAGACCCUUAGUAAAGCAUAAAUCCCCCAAAUCCAUAUCUUUUUCAUGAUCCCUUUUUAAAUAUCACUAUAGAACAGAACCUGUCUAAACCAGACCCUUAGUAAAGCAUAAAUCCCCCAAAUCCAUAUCUUUUUCAUGAUCCCUUUUUAAAUAUCACUAUAGAACAGAACC